GCUUUCAAGCUUGUACUUGUCAUUCAGAUAUCCCAGGAAUUUUAACACGACUAGGAACCAGCCAGCGGGGCACAACAAGGACGUCUUAAGUUAGAACAACAUCCCUCACACAGAGGAACCACCGGAACCACUGCUGGUUGCUGAAAUAGGAACAGGUGGUGAGAAAAGCGGCAGCUACAGACAGCGCAGCAGCAUGCAGAUGUGAAGUCAGACAUCGGAUACCCUGAUCUUCAUCUCUGCGGUGGACAGGUGGACGUCUUCUUCAUCCAUUUUCAUCGUUCAUAUAAAUGCUUGUACAUGAGGAGAGGGGAGAAACCCGAAGGACACAGACAGAUGAGACCCAAAACGUUCCCUGCCAGUAACAGUGGUAACAGCCAGCAGAUGCUGCAGGAAAUACGGAACAGCCUGCGCAACCUGACCAAACCCUCAGACCCUCCAAAAGUAGACUCUGUUGGACAAGCAAAGAUGCUCCCUGAAGAUCCGAGGCAGCAGGGGCGCACCAGCACCCCAAAACACCACAAAGUGCUACAGGAGAUCCGCAAGUCUUUGGUGCCUUUUGAAGUGAAUGUUUCACAGAGUAAUGAUUCUACCGCUUCUGGCCCUGAUCUUAGCAAGCAGAUGUUGCUGGAACCAUCAGUUGCUGGGUUUGAGGAGGGCAACAGCAGCCGUCGCGUUCCUUCAGACUACAUGGUGAAGGACUCGAUGAGGGAGCAGAUGGCUGCUGCUAACACCAACUCUACAGGCCUGAAAGCUCCAGGUCCGUCUCACAUGCCGCAGGCUGUGCUGCGGAGACCAAGUUGGAAAGGAUCCAAAGAGUCCCUCGCUCCUCGAAUGGGUCCCCUGGUGGUGAACGGCACGGUGUACUGCUCUGACAGCCCUGGACCGCCUCCAGUUUACCCACAAGGCCACUCUGCUAGUAACCAGAGGGUGAACCCUCCGCUGCCCCCUCAGGUGCGGAGUGUCACACCGCCUCCGAACCGCAACGGCAUGCCUCCCUCGUCACCCUGGGAAAGCAACCCGUCCUCCAAGCCGUACUCUGGGAAUCUGGACUACCUCCCCCCCCGGAUGUCUCCAGUCCCCCAGGGCGCCUGGCCGGACAUGUAUCCAAACCCGACGCCUCAGAAUCCGCGCCCUGCUGCCCCUAAAUUCACCUUUCCUCCCACCUGGAAUCAAAAUGUCUCCGCUCAGCCGGACUACAUACAGGGAAGCAACCGGCAGCCGCCGCCGCCUUACCCCGUGAACAGCUCUAACGAGCAGCAGCCUGCUUCGUCUCCUCCGUACCUAAACGGAGGAAACAUCCCUCAGUCCAUGCUGGUUCCCAACCGGAACAGCCACAACCUCGACAUGUACAACCUGGCUCCUCCUCAGACGUGGUCGCAACCUCCUCUGGCGUCCAAUCCGCUGCCAUCUGCGCCCGUCACCAACGGCAACCAGGACUUGUGGCAGCACAACAUCCCGGCUCGCUCCGACUCCUUCAACAAUCGACUUGCUCAUUCGUCCAGCUCCCAGCCGUCUGCGACCACCGUCACCGCCAUCACGCACACCCCCAUCCUGCAGCCGGUGAAAAGCAUGCGCGUGCCGAAACCCGAGAUGCACACGGCCGUCGCUCCAGCGCAUCCACAGCGGAUACAGCAGGUUGCACCGUCGCCUCCCGCGCCUGCAUACCCCGACCCGCCAGCUGCGGUUUCUCAAGCGCCCGUUGUCAUGGAAGCCCCCAUCUAUCAGGGUCCGCCGCCGCCAUAUCCUAAACACCUCCUCCCUUCGGCUGCCCCUCCGGCGUACGGUGGAGGCAGAGAGGAAGCUGCUGACGAGAGCAGCGGCGAGAAGGCGUCGGAAAGCAGCGAAAGCUCGGCCGCAGCCGAAAAGAAGAUCACUACGUCGCCCGUCCCGGUCCGCCGCAACAGAGACGAGGAGCGGAGAGGGGAGUCGGGAAGAAUCAACCUGUACUCCCCUCAAGCCUUCAAGUUCUUCAUGGAGCAGCAUGUAGAGAACAUCCUGAAGAACCACCAGAUGAGGAUCCGCAGGAGGAAGCAGCUGGAAAGCGAGAUGCAAAGGGUGGGUUUGAGCUCAGACGCCCAGAAGCAGAUGCGAAUGAUGCUCUCUCAGAAGGAGUCCAACUACAUCCGCCUGAAGCGAGCCAAAAUGGACAAGUCCAUGUUCAAACGGAUCAAGACGCUCGGCAUCGGCGCCUUCGGAGAAGUUUCCCUGGCGAGGAAGGAGGACACGGGGGCGCUGUACGCCAUGAAGACUCUCCGCAAGAAGGACGUGCUGCUGAGGAACCAGGUGGCGCACGUAAAGGCCGAGCGGGACAUCCUGGCCGAAGCCGACAACGAGUGGGUGGUGCGUCUCUACUACUCCUUCCAAGACAAGGACAACUUGUACUUCGUCAUGGAGUACAUUCCCGGCGGGGACAUGAUGAGCCUCCUCAUCCGGCUCGGCAUCUUCAAGGAGGAGCUGGCUCAGUUUUACAUCGCCGAGCUCACCUGCGCUUUGGAGAGCGUCCAUAAGAUGGGCUUCAUCCACAGAGACAUCAAGCCUGACAACAUUCUGAUAGACAGAGACGGACACAUAAAGCUGACGGACUUUGGGCUCUGCACCGGCUUCCGCUGGACACACGACUCCAAGUAUUACCAGAGCGGGGAUCAUGUGAGGCAGGACAGCAUGGACUUCAGUAAGGAAUGGGAAGACCCGGCCAACUGUCGCUGCUCCAACCGACUGAAGCCCCUGGAGAGGAGAAAGGCCCGGCAGCACCAACGCUGCUUGGCCCACUCGCUGGUGGGAACGCCGAACUACAUUGCUCCAGAAGUUCUUCUUCGAACAGGAUACACCCAGCUCUGUGACUGGUGGAGUGUUGGCGUCAUCCUGUAUGAAAUGGUUGUGGGACAACCUCCGUUCCUGGCGAACACGCCACUGGAGACGCAAAUGAAGGUGAUAACCUGGAAGAGCACGCUGCACAUCCCCCCUCAGUGCAAGCUCAGCCCGGAGGCGUCAGACCUCAUUGUCAAGCUGUGCCGCUGCCCAGAGGAUCGCCUGGGCAAGAACGGCGCCGAUGAAAUCAAAGCUCACCCUUUCUUCAAGAGCAUCAACUUCUCCAGCGACCUCAGGCAGCAGGCAGCGCCUUACAUCCCCACCAUCGCUCACCCAACUGACACGUCCAACUUCGACCCGGUGGAGCCAGAAAAGCUGCGCAAGAGCGACGACGAGAGCAACCACAACGACACGCUGAGCGGUUGGUUCCGCAACGGGAAGCACCCCGAACACGCCUUUUACGAGUUCACCUUCCGCCGCUUCUUCGACGACAACGGCCACCCCUACAGCUGCCCCAAGCCCAUCGAGUCCGAGGGCAGCGACGAGGACGAGGCGGAGCUGGACGGCGCCGAGCAGGACAAACAUGGCCGAGACCUGGUGUACGUGUAGUCACUCGUCAUAUGCCGCGGAAAUGUGGGGAAGUUUUUUUCUUUUGCAUUCCCUCGCAUUGAAUUUGCAAAUACACGUUACAUUAUUUAUCAUGUACACUGUCACAUUAGCCGUGUUUUCAUUACAAAUGUGCUCAAAAAACACAAUUUUGCAAUUACAGCCUUUCCAUGUAAUAAGAAAUGCAAUUAAAAUCAUGUGUGGAGAGGUUUGUUCAUGCAAUCCUACUGAAAAACUUCAGUUUCUUCAAAAUUACCGUGAUUCAGCAAAUUAAUAUUCUUAUGUUGAGUGGAAAUGCAGUUAUUCUGCUAAUGUUGAAAAAACCCCCACAAUUUUGUUGUUUCCAUUUAAUGAGAAACACAUUUGAAUUAUCACUGCACAUGAAAACUGGUCUUUAAGACACAACUAAAACCAUCAGGUGACUCUAUCACCCUGUAAAAAUAACUCUACCCCAGAUAGUUUGCAUAUAUUUUUUCUUUCCUUCUUACAGAAACUUUCUGUCAUGUUUGUUUGAGUGCGACUGGAUAAAAGUUUGACCUGUUUUAGUUUGUGGGGCAUUUAUCCAAACGAAGAACAUAUAAAACUCUAGAUAACUUAUAAAUGAGAUGUUAACAUAGAAUUUCUAUUUAAAAAAAACUUAUUGUUGGAGAAAGAUGUUCAGUAUUCAUGAUGUCACAUAAACUGACUGCAUAUCUUAUUACAAGGGAAUGCAAAAGAAAAUAUUUUCCCCAUGUCCUCCAGGGGGCGCAGUAAUAUACAGACUCUUAGUAGGGUGUUUGCGUGUGUGAAGGGGGGGGGGUUGCUAGAUAAUGCAUUUAAAACCGUGAACAUAGGAAGAAUAUUUCUGCCGGAUCGUAGCAGAAUAUGAUCGAAAAACCAGAUUUAAACGUUAAAAUGGAACUGACCUGGCGUCAGUUUAUCCAAAACGGCUGACCUUAUUCCCCAAGGAAUAUCACUGAGUUCAAAUACAAAUCAAAACUAAACUGUUAUUUUUACAAUUUUCUCCACAAGAAUACAAAUUAUCAGUAAAUUCUAGUUACUGUGUGCAGCUUGUUCACCUAAAUCCUGAUUACUAGAAUCACAAAACCUUAGAAAGAUUCACAAAGAAAUCAACUGUUGACGGUUUUCAGUUUCGUUGACUCGAACAGGCGACAGACUCUUUCAGAUUUAUGACUCGGACCGAGACGUGCUUCGUAAUAGUGAGAGAGAGCAAGACUUUCGGCAGAUAACGGGAAGGCUAAACAGAGUAUCGCUCCGUUUUAUUUUUCGAAGUGUUUAACUUGUAGUUAAAGACUUUAAUCACAAAUAUUUGUGGUAUUUAUGCACAUAAAUCCCUAAAAAACAGAGCACUAUAAUUGUAUUUAAUCUUAUUUUCUUAUUUUUAUUGAUGCUCUUAUGAAACCGACAGAAAGAAAUGGUAAAUGUCACGAUCACAACCAUACCAAGUUCUUAACAUUUGUUUACAAUGUUUAUAGUCAUAAUGAUUUAUUGAAAAUAUGUUUCCAGAUUAAUGAUAGAAUAAUUGCCCCGACUUCUGGCACAAAACGAUACGGAUCUAUUUUAUUAAGGGAAAUAUACUUUUUAGUCAUUUCUAAUAGAAAUGGUUAAACAGUUUAUCAUUAAAACGGUAAAAUCGCCUCCGUUUCUAGUAAAGUGACAAAAUAUUUUCCGCCAUAAUCGUAAAGUCAGUAUCAGAGAAUGAGAAAUUUUACUUUUGUUAAUUAUUUUGGUGCUUAAAAGUGAUUUUUAUUUAUUUUUUAUGCCAGUGAGGAGUCAUUCCUAAAGAUUUAAACUCAGAUUUUUAGGUCCUCAGUCUUGUUGCUUCAUCCAGAUUUUAAUUCGUCACAAUUUCUGUAAAGAAAAAGGCAUUUUAAGCCUGUUUUUGUGCACAUAAAUAAUAAUUACUGUUACAGAAUCAGAUCUGCCUGCAUGCAAAACUAAUGGCAUUAUUUAGUAAUUCCAUUUUUAAUGUAAAUAUUUUAAAGUUUCGACCAGGGUGCCGCUAUUUGUGACAACUUAUAGCUGCCCCCAGUAAAGCCUUAAUUUAUUGACACUAGUGUAGAUGCUGCUCAAGUCUAUUUUUUUAAGUCUUAAUUUAUAUUUUAGUUUAUUGUAAAUGGGAUUGUAGGAUUGUGGUACAUAUAAUUCACAGGGAUAAUCGCUCUAAUUAGUAUUCAUUGCUGUGCCUUUUUGAGUUAUUUUUCACCACAUAUUAAGACUGGCAUUUUAAAAUGAGUAGCUGUAGCUGGUUGUAAUACAGUAGGUUUGUUUUAUUUUUCUAAUUUAUAUCUAAAACGUAUUUAUAAAUUAAGUUGUACAACAUGGAUGUAAAUAUCUUCCCUUUAAACUGCUUUUUUUCCCUCCCCUCUUUUUGGGCAGGCCCUCUUCUGUCAAUAUGUACUUUAUUUUUGGCACUAAUUUACAGAACACUUUUAAUGUUUAUUUUAGGUUUCUUGCUUACAUCUCAACCAAAGCACUAAAUAAGGGGCUAUUUUUCCGUCUACUUUUUACCAACUUCAGAAAGUAACAAUUACUUUUUUUUUUGUGGAUUUAUUACACUUAGGCACCUGAUUACUGCAAUCUUUGGUCUGAAGUUUUACUUUAGUUAAAAAAAACAAACAAAAAACACUAAAGUUACCUUAUAUUUUGUUUUUCUGCCCCACUGUAUUUUUCUGUGUAGAAAAGAAUAUCUGAAUGUAGUUCUUAUUGAUUUAAUAAUGACCACUGUCAUUCUGUACUGGUUUUAAUUGUGAGAGAAUUUUAUUUUUGUGUACAUUUUUGCUCCCAGAGGUUUGGGAAGAGGGUAAUAAUAAAAAAGGAAUAAGAA